ACUUUAAAAUAUUUGUAAAUUCAAGACUGGAUUUAGUGCAUUUUUAUCUAUAAGCAUGGCCGACAUAACGGGCGAAGAUACAGUCUGGGAUGAUUUAGCUAACAUUCCAGCUGAUCCACCAAAAAUGCGAGAAAUCUGUGACAAAUGCAGACGUCCAAUGCCGGUUUGUUGGUGUUCUGCACUUCCUACUGAACCGUUAAAUCCUAAGAGUCGCAUUAUAUUGCUACAACAUCCGGCCGAAGAAAAGCGAGCUCUGCGGACCGCUCCAAUGCUUUCAGUUGGAUUAGCCCCGGGAAAGUGUCUUAUUUACAAAGGUAAAAAAUUUCCCAAAUGUGACUCCGAACUGGAAUCCAUUCUCACCGAUGAAAAAUCGCUACUUCUCUAUCCCAGCGCCCGGUCGAUUCCGAUCGAACAACUUGACCAAUCCGAGGGUCCAUACAAUCUCAUCCUAAUUGAUGGCACUUGGCCACAGGCAAAGGCCAUUUACGCCAGCUCCAGUAUACUGCAUGGAAUGCGGCAGGUUAAACUGGUCAGUUCGGGCAACAGCAGCUACAUCAUCCGAACGCAACCGACGGACGGGUGCUUGAGCACGCUGGAAACUGCCAUCGAAGCGCUUAGCAUUUUGGAACAGAAUGCUAGCUACCGAGAGCAGCUGCUGCGCCCGCUGCAUGCCCUGUGUCAGUUCCAGCUGGACAAGGGUGCGGUCACGCAUCAGUCCAAAGAGUUUCUCAUCAAGCAUAACCAGUAUCCGAAGCUGAUCGGUAGGCGGCUGAAUAAACUACUGCGGAAUGCCGAACAUCUAAAGGACACCAAUCAUGAUUGGACGGAAAGUGAAAUAAAACACUGACGGUAUGUUUUUUACAGGCUUUUAUUGUUAGUUUCCUCUUUAUAUGUAUGAGUCAUAACAUAAAAUAGAGAGAAUAUGGUACGAUUUAUACGUUAUAUACAUUUAUUCUACGCAUUUUGUUGCUGUAA